AUGACAUCAACGCCUUCCGAGGGGCGGCAAACGCCUGCAGAGAAUUUGAUGGAUCACGAUACGAGCUUCACCCAAGACCAGUUGUCGCAAUUUGAGGAGCACGAGGGACCCAUUUUAGAAAAGCUCGCAUGCGAGAAUUGUCGACAGCGCAAGGUCAAAUGCGAUCGCGUAUACCCAUGCACACACUGCAUCAAGACCAAGGCACAAUGCAUUUUUCCUUCAGGGCAAAAACCAAGGGCAAAACGCCAACGCGUUCUAAUAUCCAGCAUCUACGAGAACAAGAUUGACCGCAUCGUCAACAGAAUUGAAGAACUCAAUCAAACCAUCCAGCAAUUGAGUCUUAAUCAACCCGGUCCCAAGUACCAUGGAACAGCCCUCAAUCCGCAGACAUCUCAGACCGCCUACCAUCCGACGCCUUCCUCUUCAGAGCCAACUCCCUCCGAACCCAGCUUCGUCGGCCAAUCCCCUCCGUGCUCUUCCAAGCCAGAGUACGAGGGCGAGUCUUCCCUGUUUGCCCACGCUGUCUUUGCCACCAGGUUUCUUCAAAACUCGGUCAACAACAACUCACCGUCCGAAGUUGCGCUCGAGAUGACGUCUGUUCUCAACGCCCUCAGGGGUGUCAUAGACGCCCAGAAGCAAGAGUCUGACACUGUCGAGAAUCUUUAUCCAAAUGCUUUGCCACUUCCUCCAGGGACUAGUCUUCGUAAACUUCCCAUGCCCUCCACCGAAAAGGCGAUGGCGUGUCUCCGGAUGGCUCAGGAUAGUACCCCGAUCCAAAUCCUCUGGCUCAUGGAUCUUCAAACGAUACCAGAGUUCACCACGCAUUUCAUCAAAGUAUGCUCUCCGGGGCCGGUCACAGAGGCAGAUCUCAUCAUCUUCUACCUGGGUCUGUAUUGGCUCUUUUGCGAGUGCACCAAUGUAGUGGAAGAUGAGAGUCUCAAGAAAGAAUACACUGCGCAGUCCAUCAUAUGCCGAGAUAGUCUCGAGACAGUUCUCUCUAGGCUUCCAUUUCAUAUGCCUGCAACGCUAGAGCACGUAUUAGCCUUGUGCAUGGCGUCAUUGUACUGCAUCCAAAGGUGCAAGCCAUCAGCGGCAUGGAACUUCAUCUGCGCAGCCUCCAACCUCAGCCAGUCCCUCGGUCUUCACAGCAGCGUGAUGCUGGAUCAAGAGACGACAGAGUCAAAAAACCAAAAGACCCGGCUCUUCUGGUGCAUCUAUACGACCGAGAAGAUGCUGGCCCUCCGCAUCGGCCGCUCCUCCACCAUUCGAGAAAACGACAUUACCGUCCCGAGUAUGACCCCUGAGGUUUUGAACGACCCCUUCUUCAACCAUAGCUUCUUCAGCCAGGCUUUUCCCGUCUGGAUCGGCAUGUCGACCCUACAGGGCCGGGUAUACGACGAGAUCUACAGUCCAGCCUCUCUCGCACAGCCAGCAAGUGUUCGCACCGCACGAGCGAGAGCCUUGGCCGACGAGACCAAAAGGCUGAUGGCGGUCGAGGACGACCUACAGGUCAAAUGUGAAGAUCAAUUAUUUCGUAAACUCGGCACUGUCUUGAGCCAGCUCUGCUUUCGUAGCGAGCGAGUUACCAGUCUCUCAAUGCUCACCCUCAUCUACCGCAGCAUUCCCCCUGACAAGCCUGGUGGUUCGGUAUUUUGUGACGAAUGCAUAGCCACAGCCAGACAAGCCGUCAAGGAGCACGAGAAGUGUGUCGAGAUCUUCAGCAGUACGGAGAAACAGUCAAACUACUUCUUGCUAUAUGUCAACUGGACACUUCUCCAAUCCCCCUUCAUCCCCUUCAUCGUCUUGUUCUGUCACAUGAUAGAGACGUCUGAUCCAUCCGAUCUGCCCUGUCUGCGAGACCUAGUCCACACACUCGAGACGGUGACAGAACCGUCUCAGUAUUCCAUGUGCCAGAAGCAGCUGAGCAUAUUCAAAGCUCUCUACGAUGUUGCAGUCAAAUAUUUCAACAUCAGAGCCGCUGCGACACCAGAGGCCAUGCUUGAUACGAGAGGAACGGGGUCAGCCGGUUAUUGCACGCCAAACCCAAAAUUGCCGUCAUCCGUACCACAGAUGGGGGCAAGCAAUCAGAAUGUGGCAAGUUUAUCAGGUAUGCUGCCUUUUUCAAGCAGUGGACAGCCUGUUGAUACGGCGCAAGGUCAAAUGCCCAUGUAUGAGUCAAGGACCAACCAAUUUGAGCCGGGAGAGUUCGACAUGGGGAUUGAUCAACCCAGUGCAGAGUUGGCGACGUGGUUCUAUGCCAAUCACCACAUGAUGAGGAUGCUAGAGGAUACAUAA